CGCACAUUCAGUGGGCCGCACAACGCGGAAGCAAACCCGUAGCUAGAAACUUUUUUUGGCGUAUGCGCCAUGGAUGUAUACAGAGAACGAGAGACGAGCAAUUCCUAUAGGACUGAAUGGGCGCCAUUUUUAUCCAGCCCUUAUAAUAUAUCCAUGGUCUUCUCAAGCAGGAGCAGUAGCUGCCAGCAAGCAAUAGCCUGCUUAUAGAAUAAGAAGAGGAGUGACAAAACACCAACCAACAAUUCAGAAAGAGAAAAAUCUCCCAACAGGAGUUGUAGCUCAUAUUUCAUCAGACCCAAGAAGGUGAAUGUAGCAGCAGAUCAGGCAGGGUGACCAGAGAGGGAAAAGAGGCACAGGUGACCAGGUAAUGAGUGAGAGACAGGGUGAAGGCAGCGGUCCAGCAGGCAGGGGAGUUUCAGAUGAGCAGGCAUGCAGUGGUGUGCUGCUCUCCAUUUUAAUGGCAAUUCCGACAGAGCCUUUCCCAUCUCCUCGUCACCAUGGCAACCGAGUGGAGCCGGGCGAUGCAGGAGUGGCGGCGGCAGCAGCUGCUCUGACACAUUCUGGUGUGACAAACACACACCGAAAAGACAGGAGGAAAGAAGGAGGAAGAGGAGGAGAAGAUAAGGAGGAGGAGGAGGAGGGGGGGCCGGAGGAGGAGAGAAGGAAGAGAGAGAGAGAAGAAGAGGAGGACACAACUCUUGUCAAAAGGACACGGGAGGACAGGAGAAGGAGAGAAGGACGAGGAGGAGGAAGGGAAGGAGAGGAGAGCAGAGGAGACGCGUGUUGCAGCCAUGUCAGACACACCUUUGCAGAGGAACGGCACCGCAACGGCGAUGAGAAGCGAAAACGGCAAACUGAGAUUGAAGACAAAAGAAGUCAGCUCGAUGACCUGGUGCUACAGCUACAACACCUCAAGUCCAAAGCCAUGCGUGAGCGAUGGCUCCUCCAGGGGAUGGGAGUGGAGGAAGAGGAGGCACGGCGGAAACAGCUGGAACAGGAUGAAGAACAAGGAAAGAGGCUGGAAGACAUGAUACAUAGGCUGGAGUCUGAAAUCGGUGCACUUGAGAGUGAAGAGUCUCAGAUCUCAGCCAAAGAGCAGGUUCUAAGGGAACGUCUGAAAGAGACGGAGCGCUCGAUAGAAGACCUGCAGAAGAGUCUGAUGACCCAGGAUGGAGUAGAUGCCACUGGCUGCAUGUCCGCCCCUUUCUCGGACUGCACGGACCCCGAUCCCGACCACCUCGUCCUGGCCACGCAGCCCCGGACCGGCCCACCUGCCUCUGGAGAGCACGCUAUACCAAGACCUGCAAUGUUUGCCAUGGAGAUCAACGUGCAGCAUGACCCGCAGACUGGCGAGCAGCGCGUCCUGUCAGCCAACCGCGUGAGCCCACUGGAUGCGGCAUCACGUGGAGUCAAAGUCUACGACGAUGGCAGGAAAGUGGUCUACGAGGUCACUUCCUCUGGAGGCGUGUCCACCACCACCGUUGAGAACGGUUGGAGCUCGGCGCAGGUCGACCAGCUGAUCCAGCGAGCUGCCAGACCUGCUGUACGGGGAGAAGAUGGCGGGAAAGGUGAGGUGUUAGUGACCCCAGCUGCCCCGCAGGCCUAUGUCUCCCCAGCAGAUGUUGAUGAUCUGUCCCCGCCCUCCUGCGCCCCGCCUUCCAUCCCUUCAAGCCCGCCAGCCCAGGUCACCCUCCAGAGGGAGAUUCGGCAGGGCAUGAUGCCCCCCUCCUCUGCUCCCAUCACGACCCAGCCCAGUUCCACAGCCCCCCCGGGCGCCGAGCUCACCUCCCCGCCCCAAGCCAGCGCAGAGCACCCAGUCACCAUGGUGUUCCUCGGCUACCAGGACGUUGAGGACAUGAGCGAGAGCAGGCGGCUGCUAGGCUUUGACGGCGCCGUGAAGGCCGAGGUGGUUCUGAUCGACGAAGACGACGAGAAAUCGCUGAGGGAGAAGACAGUCACUGACCUAUCCAUCAUCGACGGCACAGCGGCUGACCUCGUGUCAGGGCGGCCAGCCACAUCUGAGGCCGCCAGCACGGAACUGUCAUCUGACGGCCGUGAGCCCGACAGCGCCUCCUCGCCCCCAGCGAAUCCCGACGCCAACACGCCCCCCCCGCCCGGCCUCACCCCCGCCACAGGCUAUGGCCAAACACCAGGGGUUGCCGUGACAACAGAAAAUGGGUAUCAAGCUCCAAUUCCAACCAGACAUCCUCACACUGCUAUGAAAUCGUGGCGGGCAGCCGAUGAUGUCAGUGACACAACACCGAGAGAGCGAGCCCUGAAGAGCGUCAGUUUCCAGGAAUCGGUCAGCGUUAUCACUGACAGGCCUGUAACCAUGGAACUGGAGAGCCAGCAGAUCCAACAUGGCUGCUUCAACAGCCCCGGUAACCGAGCCCACAAUGCAGUUGGUGUGAAAGUAGAGACUUCUGACAGCGAGGUGGUGCAGGAGAUCUGCUACCUAGACCAGGUGUUAGACGCCGCCUCAGAAACACCCACCAACGGAAGCGCCUCCCCGUCCGAACACACCAAACCAGUCAGCAUAGACGGAAACUCUCCUUCUGUCUGCGUGUCAGCCUCCUCUCCUGACAAUCACCAGUCAAUCGUAGUGGAGGGACAGAAACAAACCACCUUCCUCCACCAGGAGGAGUCCGCCGUGAAGACCAACGGGCAUAUGCAGGAGGAGGAGUCGGGCCGCAGCAGGGCCAAGUUUGAGCUGAGAGCGUUUCAGGAGGAGAGACGACCCGCAAAACUCUUCACCCCCGGAGAGGAACAGGAGGUCAGAGUGACAAGGAGACGACCCUCAGAGGAGGUUCAGGAGUUGGAGCGUGAGCGUCAGGAGCUGAUCAAAGACCAGGCAGUGAAGAAAAACCCUGGCAUCGCCCAACGCUGGUGGAAUCCUCCUCAGGAGGUUCCUUUGGAGGAGCAGCUGGACGCAGAGCAGCUUGAGUCUCUCAGGAAAUACCAGGAGAGGAAACAGCAGAAACAGAAUACUUAUGCAUACACACAGCCCCAGCUGUCAGGCCCUCCCACAGUGGUAACUUCUGACCCCGAUCUAUCCAGGAAGGAGGACAUCGUGGAGAAACAGAUCGACUUCUCGUCUGCCAGGAAGCAAUUUCUGCAAGGGGAGUCAAGCAAGAAGGACGUUGCUCCUCACCUGUACUCUGCCAAACCCUUCGUGAAAUCCACAACCAGAAGCAGCCAUGGGAGAAGUGACAUUAUAGCCGAAACUGGAGAGAGUCACGUGACCUGGUCUGACGAAGGAAUCGGAGGAGAAUUUACUUGUGCUCGAGCUGUGAUGACAAUCCUGCCUGAGGAGGAGGAAAAGAGUCACUUCCACCCAGGCUUUCACCCAGAGGAGUCUGACUCAGGAUUGGACGAGUUAUCUCUCCGCUCUCAGGACACUACUGUGUUUAGCUUGGAUAAUGUUUCCGACAGCGGGGCUUCACUACCCCCUACCCCGCUGCCGCUUACUCCUGUGUCACCGCCUACUCCCCAGCCCACCACGCCAGUCAACGGGCAGACCAGCGGCAGUCCAACAGAAAACGAGCUGGAGUACCACGCGGAGGUACUUGUCCAAGAUGCCAUCCACAACGCCCUGGCAGCUCAGAACGGAGACGAGUGGCAGUCAUCUCUCCCUGACUUGAAUUCUUCACAGCUGAGCACCCCUGUGUCUCCAUCCUCAGCAUCUACAAAUAGCCCAGUGCCAGUUUCUUCCUCUCCUGUGUCUUCUGGUGGAGCCCCCAGUCUCCAGUCACCUGUGUCCUCCAGCCCUGCUCCAUCCAACCCAUCCCCUCAGCCAGACAGGCAGCCAGAUGUGAGAGUGGUUUACCAAGAGACGGCCUCAGAAUCACAGCAGGCUCAGCAGCAGCAGCAGCAGCAGCAGCAGUCCUCCAGUCCAGCACCACAUCUCCAGACACCUUCUCCACCUCCUUCUCAGCCCAUCUCACCACCACAGAGACCCAAAGAGGGUGGCCCCAGGAUCAAAAUCCAGUCCUCUUACGCCAGAGCGCUUGCUUCCUCAGCUCCGGCUCCAGCUCCUGCUCCUGGUCCGGUCGCAUCAGCUCCCGUCGCCAGGCCAACCCCAGUCUACCGUCCCCCUUCCCCUCCAAGCCCGGAGAAACCGGAGUUCAGCUACUUCAGUAAAUAUUCAGAGGCGGCAGAACUGCGGAGCACAGCAGCAGCAGCACGAGGUCCUGAGGCGGAGCCUGCAGCCAGCGGCCCGUUCCGCCUGCGCUCCAAGAAGCAGCGGACUUUGUCCAUGAUCGAGGAGGAGAUCCGAGCAGCUCAGCAGAGGGAGGAAGAGCUGAAGAAACUGAGGGAGACGAAGCCUGCUGUCAUUGUCCGCACCGGCAACACUUCCAGCAGCGGUCACGGUCCCGUGAGGACGGGGAUACGGCCAACCACCAUAUCCGCAGCAGAUAAGAUGAAGAGCAACAGCCUGCCAAGUAGACUCACAAUGACAGCGAGGACAGCACCAGGAAAAAUCGAGAAGGUUCGACCCGCACCGCCUGUCUCACCUUCACCCUCGGAAGGAGCCCUUUCUGACGCCGGCAGCGAGGACUCUGGAGGAUCUCGACCCAAAAACUUCAUGCAGACUCUCAUGGAAGACUAUGAAACACACAAGGUGAAGAGGAGGGAGAAAAUGGACGACAACAGUGUUCUGGAGGCCACUCGUGUCACCAGGAGAAAAAGCGACAUGGCGCUGAAGUGGGAAGCCGGUAUCUACGCCAACGAGGACGGUGAGGAAGAAGAGGAAGAGGAAGAAGAGGAGGAGGAAGAGGAAGAGGAGUAAACAGCUCCUUUCAGAGACAGUUGGGGGACUGAGUGGAAAGGAGUAGGAAGAGGAGACUGGAGGAAAAAAAAACAAAUAGGAGGAGAGGAGAAGGAAAAAAAGGACAUGGAAAGGAAACAGUAUUUAUUUUACUAAUAGUGUUCUGAUGAUCACAUGACCCACUGGCCUGACCAAUGGGGGCUCACCCGAGGAGGUGAAGUUGUGAUUUUUUUUUUUUUUUUGGGACAUGAAGAUUGAAGGCAGUAACAGUAUGUUAAGCGACCGAGCAUGUGAGAGACAUUUGAAGUGUUGAGGUGAGUUUGGAGAGAAAGGAUCAGUGACGCAAGAGACACUUUGAAAGGUUUUACGGUGGUUAAAGAGGAGUUUCAAUCUGACUUUUUUUUUUUUUUUUUUUUUAUGAGAUGGUAGACGCUGAGUGACUUCAAUAUUCAUAGGAUUUUUCACUUGUCUGCAAUUUCAUUAUUGAAUUAGGGGCUGAGAUCUGAAAAUUUUAUCUGGAAAGGUUGCCUGAGACUUUUUGAAGAGGGUUUCGAUAACGUGUGCUUGAUAAUAACCCCAAGCAAUCCUGAUGUAUCAGCGAGGCCUAAUCACACACACACUACUUUGAGAAUCGAGCUGCAGGAAGACAAAGGUUGUAUUCCAGGAUUUGAACCAAACGGAAGCAUUCAUUUUGUGCAUCCUGCAGUGCCACAUAUAACACAUAUGACAUGUCGGUUGGAGCUCUCGCAUUACUUUCAGGCAUCUACAGUACAUUAAAUCUCUCUUAAGUGCCGACUCGAGGGUCAGCAUCCUUCAACGCUAGUGAGGAAAUUUACAAAACUAGCUUUCUGAUUAGCAUCUACUUUGCCUUAGACCGUCUGUAAUAGUAGAAUGCACGAUAUGUAUGAUGUAUUUUAAUCUUCUAUCCUGUAUUGCUACAGAGUCCGUAGAGAAAAUAAGCAACCACAUUAGAUAGAAAGUCUGCAAACACUAUUCUGCAGUGACCUCUCGUCUAUAAAGCGCGGUUAGUUCAAACAGGAGUAGACCAGCGGGGAGGAGGGAAGCUAACUGCGGGUCAUGUUUGCGUCACUUCAGCGUGUGUGUAUGAAUUAAAAGGGCUGGGUUGGGGGUUUUAUAUUCUAACAAAAUCACUUAUUUUACCUUUGCUGGCUACGUCGCUUUGUUGACCUGUGCUUUUUGAUGUAAGCAGUUGUUCCGUGUAUUAUACUGAGGUAGGACUGUGUAUUUGAUAUAUGAACAUGUAUGUUGAGAUUCCAGUAUCUGCUAUACCUUGCUAGCUGAGGAUAAAGUGUGAUGAAAAAUGUUGAAGAAAAAAAAAAAGGCUUUUUAUAAAAAAAAAGUUGUUACAACAAAACAGAAUGUUAUUUAGAGAAAAUCAGUCAACCUAAGCAUUAUUUAAGAAAUACUAACUGUGUGCAGGGAAUUACACUCAUUUCCUAUUUGUUAACACACCAAGCAGUGAAAAGAAAGCUUUGACUAUCAGCAGAAAGGCUCAUUAAGUUGACAGGGAGUUUUUUUUUUACAGAAUUUAUAGUGAACUUCAGUUUUGCUGGACAACAAAAACACAGGAUGAUAUGAUUUUCUGUUUUGUCUAAAGAAUGAAAAGUUACUGCAAUACCGGCCUCUGUGAGUGUGACGAUACUGUGGACUUGUCCAGGUGUAGAAAACAAGAUUCAGCAAAACAAAAUAUUAAAGAUGAGUCGGGAGGGAAGAAACGUGGCUGCAGAUGCAGUAUUUUUAAAACCACUUUGACUGAACGGUAGCAACAUGAUUCUACUUCUUCGGUCUUUGUUCGCUUGUUAAUUGAAGCCUUUUGAGAUUUAUUUUCAGCAGCAGAAUGUCAGGAGGAAGGCGGUGAGAAAGAUUUUUCCUGUACACCAAAGGUCACAAGUCCUGUCCAAGUGUCCUUCAGCGAGGCACCGACCUGUUUGCUCACGAGUCACACUGAAUAAUAAUAAAAUCCUCAGCUAAAUGUCUGAAAUAUAAAUGUUCCCUGAGGUAAACUUGCACAAAAAGAUGAAGAAUUGUGGGACACGUAGUCGCCCUUGACACUUAUGACUCUCUAUUGUAUUUAUUUGGGACAAUCCUAUCCUGUAUUAGAGUGCAGGACAAGUUUCUCUUGGCAAAUGAUCUGACGCAGCUGUCUUUGACUUUGCUCUGUGAGGGAAACGCAGUGUCAGUAAAUCCACAAACCAGAAGUGGGAACCAAGAACUUGUGCCUAUAGCUGAUGUGUUCAUUUCCCCUUAAAAGACAAACACACAUUGGUUCCAGAGAAUCAUUGUUUUUAUACACAUUUAAUAAUAUAUAAGAUAUGAAAAAAAAGUAUUUAAAGGACUAGUGUCCCCUUUUUUAUGAGAUUUAAAUGUUUUUGCCAUGCGGCAGAAGCACGGAGGAUCACGACGGAGGUACAGUGUCGCAGAUGCUGAAAUGACAAUUUGACAAGAAUUAAGGGACAAACAAAAGCGUGAGUUUACUUUUAUUUCAAGAUGAGGGCUCAUUUUCUCGUAGUUGACAGUGAGAAUAUGUUUCUUUUUUUUUUCAAGAACAGGAUUUGAGCUGUCAAAAAGUAUUAAAAGCACCUGUUGUUCCCGCAUGUUGAUUUCCCUGUGAGAAAUAUUAGAUUUUGGAGGAAAACGUGAAACACCUUUUUUUUCCAGGAUGAAUAACAGACACAGAUCCUUUGUAACGGACGAUAGUUUUACAGUGGCCUAUCUUAGGUGCUAGCUGAGCAUCUACUGUUUGAGUUUUAAGCAACAAAAGCAUACGGCUUCGUCCCUAGUUUACUGUAGCUGCAAGCACUAUGAUGUUUAACUGUUAUUACACACAAACACACACACAUGCGCACACACACACACAUACACACCGUCCUUGUUCCUGCUUCAGAAGACACAAUCAAACCCACAAAAUCGGUCGGAGUUCUCAAUAAAAACACUUUUGAAAUGGUAACAAACAUCAUGCACACACCGAGGAGUUCUAAUUGUGUGAUUUAUUACUAUUAUUAUUAUGCUUUUGUUGUUUGAAUUCAUGGUGCAGAGACAAUUUUUAUUUAUCAUUUUAAAUGCUGGUAGCUUGUUUUUACCCUCAGAAGCAUCCAAGCUUCAGCGCGGGACUCACACUGUCUGUGUGUGUGAUAAUGCAAUCUUAUUAUACAGUAUAUAACCUCUGUUCCUAUGUUAACCACUUGUAUGCUCAUAUUCUGCUUUGUUAUUUUAUAGCACAUGUAAGGCUCACAGUUAUACACCUACUACACAUAUUAUGAAUAUUUUCUCAUUAAAAAGAAAACCUGUA